AGUGAGCUUCGUUUUGCAAAUUAUUUGUUUUUCUCGAGAAAGUACGUGAGAACUAAACAGUUAAUGUUGUUAAUUUGUUACUUAAGUAUUAUAGUAGUGUAAUUUUAUUUUUCGUAUACAAUGUCGCUGAAAACUUUAAAGGUAGAGAAGGAUUUAUGUCGCUGUUGUCAUGCAGAGGGGAAAUUUCAGAAAUUGUCGGAACCUCUUUUGCAUUUAGGUAGACUGGAAGAUUAUGCCCAAAUGAUGCGAAGCUGUUUGAAUGUAGAACUAUCCCCUGUCCAAGGAGUACUAGCUGCGUCUACAUACACUAUUUGCAAUGAGUGCAUACAAAGGUUACGAGAUGCAAAUAACUUCAGACAGCAAGUUUUUUUGUGUGAGGAACGCUUCAAGUACAUGUAUUGCGAGUUUCUUAAUAGUGAAGAAGUAGUGAAACUGGAGUUGUCAAGUGACGAUGAAGUUAAAGUAGAGUUUCUCCAAGAUGACGACGACAGGUUGGACAUCCGGUUUGAUAACUCUGACGACGAACCAGUGAUACAAGUGAAAGAAGAAGAAUCCAAAAAGACCAAGACCAAACCGAAGCCCAAAUCGAAACCUAAGUCCAAGAAACCAGCUGGAGUCCAGAAUAGUUCAAAUAGUUCGAAAAAAGGCAUCCGUCCGUGGCAAAAAUUCGUACCAAAUGAAACGGACUAUACGAAAGGCGAUUCAAAUACUUUAAUUUGUUCCAAAUGUUCGAAGAUAUUCAAGACCAAAUCCGCACUUUGUCUUCAUCUCAAGACAGUUCAUUAUAAAAUACCUCGCUUUUUCUGUUCCAAUUGCGAAGAAAUAUAUGGUACGAAAACGCAGUUGGUUAUACACAAAUUGAACCAACACGAUAUUGACGAGAGAGCACCGAGAAGCGAACCACGUUGCAAGAAAGAAACUGAAUUGUAA